UGUGCAUGCCCACUGGAGAGAAGUAGAACAGUGGCACAUAGAGAAGCUUGAAUGAAAACUUCUUCUAUCUUCAGUGAAAUUCAAAGAUUUUAGAUUAUUUGAUGUAUGCUCCUUAUACCCACAUGCAGAUUCUGUUUUACUUUUGUUUGUUACUGAUAUUUGGCUCUGUUCUUCAUUUCUAUAAGAGGUUUUUGCACAUUUUUCUGGGGUUUCUGAUGAUCGAUUGCGCUCCAUUUUUUAAGUUCUUGUGUCAAUACAGUGGGUUUGGAUGUUGGUUUUUGGUAUUUGGGCGUUUCCCACAGGUUUGUAAUCAUUUAGGACUGUUCUUGAUGCUUGGCCUGGGGUUCAAGGUUUUGCCAUGUGUGCAUCGUUUCAAGAGUUUGAUUCAAAUUUUCCGUGAAUUUGGAGCAAAGUCGAGUGUUCUGAAAAAUGGGUUCAAUUCAAGAAGUGGUAUUGAUGAAGUUUGUGGAACUAACGUUUUGUCCUGCAAGUGGGGUGCAUUGAAACUCUUGAUGAAUUCAAACCCACCAAGAAUUGACAAUUUUGUGGAGAACAAAGUUCUUGUAGAGGAUGUUUCAGAGGAAAUUGAUGAUGAUGGUGGUGGUGAAGAAAAAGAAUGUUAUGUUGAAGAUGAUGAAAUCGAUGUAAUAGAAUUGAGGAAAUUGAUCAAACUUGAGCGGAACAGAGCAAAUGCCGCAGUUUUGGAGCUUGAAAAGGAAAGGGUGGCAGCUGCAUCUGCAGUAGAGGAGUUAAUGGCAAAGAUCUUAUGCCUCAAAAAUGAGAAGAACUCAAUUGAAAUUCAAUCCAAUCAAAACCGUAGAUUGGCUGAACUGAAGCAGCAAUAUGAUGAUGAAGUAAUUCGGUAUUUGAAGUGGAUUAUAAUGAACUUAGAAGAUCAAUUAGAGUUUUGUGGGGAAAAAUUGGAUUCACAUGGGAAAGAUAAUGAGAUGGAUCAGUAUGGAGGUGAUGCAGAUGCAAGUUAUAUCAGGUCAAGAGUCAAAGAUGGUCGUGAUGAUGUACUAAUUAGCUCACUUGAGAGGCAUUCAUCUGCACCACUGUAAGUUCUCAAGGUUUUAUAUAUUAAUACAGUGAGGAGCUUGUAUUCCACUUUUACUUAGUUAUAACCCAAGUGAACACAGCCAUUUGAAAUUAGAGAUAUAUAGCUCAACGGUGUAGCUUGAUUUGUAUCCAUGUAAUUCCUGUAAAUUCAUAUUGCCAUGGAAGCAUUUCAUAUGAAACAAUUAAUAGGAACUAACAAAGACAGGCUGUGUUAUCUGAAAUUGCAGUGUUCCUUUUGUCUGA